CUGGUUCUAAAAUUAGACAUGUGUUACAUUACAACAUGGCUACGUGGAUUAAGCUAGACAUCGUAAAAUUGUUGUGGAUUUGGUCAUCAUAUAAUAUCCUAAGAUUCAGCACUUUAAAGCAUGGACAAAGUGGAAACGCCGACACAAUGUCUGUCAUAAUAGAUGGGCAGAAUCCCCAGGCUAGAGAUUAUAUACAUAUAGUGAACCCUCCCGGACUACUCCAACAGGGCCAUCUUCUGCACGUGCAAUACUUAUGUAGUACAGCCAGAAUACUUGGACUAGAAAUUCAAACAAUUAUUGACAAUAGGCCGAGAAAAAUAUUCCAAAAAGCCUGGAAAUGCUCAACCUCAAAAUAUUCUCGUUCCAGAUCUGUUAAGGCGACACUGCCAAAAAGAUUCGGGUAUAGACCUGGAUUUAGAAAUGCACUCUCAACUGAGGCACAUGGGGUUGCCAUAAGAGCUUGGGUAGUUGAUACGAUGUCAUGGAAAUACUCAAGGAUCACCCAUAAUUCGUUUGAAAUUGCAUUAGCUAAAGAAUCAUACAAAACGUCUAUAGCGCCACCUUUUGAACGCCCUGUAAUAAAAUUUGAUUGCCCAAGAUGGGAUUUGACUAUGGCAGAGCUUGUAUACGACGGAAAAGAUCUGAUUUGCCCAAAGGAAGAAGAGGUGAUUGAAGUUGUGAAGUUCCCUGCCGCACUUAGUGGUUCUCCACAUGGCGUUCAUAGAAUGUUCCCUGAAUACAAAGACAAAACACUCCUUAAAGAAAAGAUGGAAAACAUUAAAUCACCACGGUUAACCGUAGUUGCCUGGCUGUAUGUGGUGGAUUAUUGCCCCACCCCAGGGGUCGACCUUUGUAGCAUCAUGCACAGACUCACUUGGGAUGGCUUGUAUAUCUCACCAUUACUUUUCUUCACCAAAGAAGGUAAAAUCCAUGUGCAGGUCGUAACAGAACAGGGGAUCAAUCAAGCGGCUUUAACUUCGUUCAUUGUACCAAGAAACCAAUGGAUUAGAAUAGUGUUCACCCUCAACAGGAAAUACUGGCAAGUGGACGUCAAUCAUGGCGAGAAUUGGAAGCAAGUUAUGUCCAGUCACUUCCGUUACGCAGAGGACCCCUACUACAAUGAUACACAAGGCUUGUUCAUAUUUGGCGGUUCUGAGGCUAUUCCAUCAUUCAAGGGAUACAUAGGGCAAGCUACAUAUUACAGAAGAAAAGUCAAAUUUAGUAAUGAGGUCCCGUUGCCCAGCAUUUUUCAUCCGAUGUUUGAGCUAGAGUUGGGAAAUAAAGACAGAAAGUGCCAAAAGUAUAUGUCCUGGGUUAAUUUUAGACUUUAUCAAAGCAGGAUCAUUCGGGAUAAUGCCAUUCGAAAAAAUUCCUGCUUUUACACAUAUCCCUUGAUGAAAUCUGACCAAUCUGAACAACAAACUAACACGUGUAGCAUUACAAGAGGGCCUCGCCGACCUCAAUAUCACUUCGUGAAUAAGCUUAUUCUGAGAACUGUCAUGCAAGGGAAGCAACUAGAUUUGACACAAUUAGGCGAUUUCCUAUACGAAAAUGCGACUUCUGUUUUGGAAAAUGACGGAUGGAAAGCUAUCAAUGGGUUCAUUCUUUCUGUCCUGAAACAGGCCAGUUGCUAUGGCAACCAUGACGCUACCUAUAUGUUGUCAGUGAUCCUUAACAAUGGUCUCAUGGUUAAGUCGCACGAAAUCGAGGCACACAGCUAUUUGAUGCUUGGAGCCCUCGAGAAUCACAGACUGUCGUUAAUGGCAUUGGGAAAUAAGCUAAACUAUGGGCUAGAUGGCAUGCCUUGGGACCAGGAACAAGCAUAUGUUUAUUACAAGAAUGUCGCCGAUGCAACGGGUCGAGACAAAGAAGAACACAAGGGAUCAGAUAUUUGGACAGAACAUAUUCGAUUGACUGAUGAGGCGCAACUGGACCAACAAACAGAUGAAAAGGGAGAUUUGUUUCUUUGGAUAAAACACCAAGCGCAGCAAGGAGUAUUCAACGCCCAGCAACAAAUGGCUCGCCUUCUUCAUUUUGGAUCGCAAGGUCUGCAGAGGAACCUGGAAGCUGCAGUUGAAUACUACAGGGCAGGUGCAGAAACGCAGGACCCAACAGCCCUUUAUGAUUACGGCGUCGUGCUGAUGAGGGGACAAGGUACAAAGAAAAACAAGACAGCAGGAUUGGAGAAUUGGGAACAGUCUGCAAAAAAGGGUAACAUGCAGGCAAUGACUGCUCUUGGAUGGUAUGCCCUCAACCAUGAAAGGAAUUACACUAAAGCUUUAGAAUAUUUAGAGGCUGGAUUUAAGCGUGGCAUGCCUGACGCGGCCUACAAUCUUGGCCACAUGCAUCAUUAUGGACUUGUCCCUGGUCAAGCAAGCAACAAGGUGAAGGCGUUCGAGUACUACUCCUGGGCGGCGUCUAGGGGGCAGUGGGAGUCAGGCAUACACGUAGCAACGUUCAAUAUUAGAGGUGGACCUCCUGUUAAUAGAUCACCUCGUGUUGCAGUUGACUGGGCAAGAUAUAUAGCGGAAUUCAACCCUGUCAUUGGGAAAACAUUACACAAAGCACUUAAAGCGUAUAGAUAUCAAGAUUGGUCAACAGCAAUGUUGUAUUACAUGGUGGCAGCGGAUACAGGAAUAGAAGUGGGAAAUUUCAACAUGGCUUAUCUGUGUGACGAAAACAAGAACGGGCUGAACCACUACAUUGAAAAGGAAUGUGUGUGGAGAUAUUACAACUUAUCCACGCUUAGAGAGCCUCAGUUUGUCAACUCAUAUGCCCUGAUUAAAAUGGGUGAUCAUCAUUGGUAUGGGUGCAGGUCAAAGAGAAAUGUUAGCCUGGCUGUUGAUUAUUAUUCAAGAGCGGUUCAGAAGGGAGAUCCGCAGGCUAUCUUCAAUCUUGCCUUUCUUGUCGAACAAGAUGUCACCCUUCCAGCGUCCAUUCUAGACCGUCUGCAUGUUCCCAAAGAGCGUCAAUCUAAUAAUGUUACUAUAUUACUGGACCUUUAUUCGAGAUGCGCCGAAUCUCGACAAACCGAGGCGUAUUUGCCUUGUAAACUAGCCUUCUUCAGAGUUCAAUUCAUGGAUAUGUGGGUCAGAUACCAAUUUAUGAUGAAGCUUUCUAGCAUCUUUGGAGCAGUUGUCGUCACUUCCUUAACGUUAACGUGGAUAUUUGCGUACAUUAGACGCAUUCGCUUAGAUGUGACAACAGUUUAAACAACGGACUAGAUCAUUCACACGAUGAAUUUCUUCAUUGACAAUGUAUGGUCGUCAAAACAUCUUCGAACAACCCGUUUUCAAUUACAGGCCCUGGUAGAAUGGAUCUUAUAAACGCUCCCAUGUCGAUAUCUGAUAUUGUUCAACGGUAUUUGCACGUAUUUUGAAAGAAUGUUUAAAGUCAUGUUUUAAAUAAUCCCAUUUGAUAAGUAACAACUUCAAUGAAGUCAGAUCUGUAUCGCAAUUGAAAGGACAUUUAUUACAUUGAACUGCUUUUAUGUAAAAAAUAUACGUAUUUAUAAUGUCGUAUUACAACGAAUGAAAUACAAUUAAUAUUUGAAAG